ACGUCACUGACCAACGGUGACGUCACACUGACCAAGCUCGAGACAAGUUCGAAAGAUCGGAUUGCACAAGUUGCCUCUGCCGUGUCUUCCGAACAUGGCCAAGAACCAACGGGGCAUAAGUCCUUCGGAAAGGGGAAUGUUGUGGUGGUGCAACAAGGCUACAAGUCCUAUGGCUCCCGCAAGAACAAGGUGCCGGUACUCGAAGGCCUAGAAAUGAGAGUGCCACAGGGUGCCAUCUACGGUCUCCUAGGUCCGAGUGGCUGCGGCAAAACCACGCUGUUGGGCUGCCUGGUAAAUCGCCUGCGGUUAGACAAGGGCGAAAUCUUCCUGUAUGGGUAUCCCCCGGGCUCCCCCAGCGCCGCUGUUCCGGGGCAUCGGGUCGGAUACAUGCCACAGGAACUGGCUCUCUACCAAGAAUUCACGAUCGUGGAGACCCUUCGCUACUUCGGCAGGAUCCACCAGAUGUCCUCAGCCAUGAUCGACAAGAGGACGAAAUUCCUCGUGUCCUUCCUUGACCUGCCUGACCCCACGAGGCUCAUUAACCAGCUCAGUGGAGGACAACAGAGGAGGGUUAGUUUCGCUGCCGCCCUACUACACGAACCCGACCUCCUUAUACUUGACGAACCUACAGUCGGCGUUGAUCCCUUAUUGAGGAGCAGUAUCUGGCAACACUUGUUGGAAGUUUGUAAGUCUGGCCACACGACCAUCAUCAUCACCACGCAUUACAUCGAGGAGGCGAGACAAGCGGACAAGGUGGGUCUAAUGCGCGGAGGGAGACUGCUGGCUGAGACCUCCCCCUCAAGUCUCAUCACCCACUUCGCCAUCCCGAGCCUCGAGGACAUCUUCCUCAAGUUGUGUCUCGUGGACGGAAGCGAGGACGAUCUCCACACUGGCAAGAUCAACAAAGGAUUUGAAGAUGAGAAAGGGAUUUCGUCAUCCACUCCUUCCGUGCUGCCAGGGUCACUGCCUUCUGCUAGGGGCGUGACCUCUGACCUGAAGGAAGUCCUCACUCCUUCAGGGCAUAUUAUCCUGAAGGAUUCUGAGGAAGAGAAAAUUUUGAUGUCCCCUUGGGUGCAGACUUCGAAGUACGAGAGGGUGUUCUCUCUCUAUCGCUUCUCUGCCCUUCUCCUCAAGAACUUUAUUCGUCUCUGGAGGAAUAUUGGGUUCCUUCUCUUCUCCUUCCUCAUGCCGCCUCUGCAGACGGUUCUCUUCUGCCUCACGGUGGGAGGGACGCCCUACGACCUGCCCAUGGCUAUUGUAAACGAUGACACCGGCUUUCGCAUACCCAUUACUCUGCCACCUUUACCCAGCGACUGGCCUACCCUCCCACCGUCUCUGCCACCUCUGCCUUCCGCGUGGCCUAACCUUCCGUCGUCCCUGCCACCCCUGCCGUCCAAUUUCCCGCCUCUGCCUACUGUCAAAGCUUCUAAACUCUACAUCGACGAAUUAGACUCGAAGACUAUACGUAAGACGUAUUACAACUCUUUCCAAGAAGGGUACGAUUCGGUUAAGGAUGGGCGAUCGUGGGGUUUGAUCUACUUCAACGAGUCAUAUACUAAGAGUCUCAUCUAUUCCGUGACUGACAUUGGCGACUUGCCCCCCCAGGACAGGAACCAGAGUAAAAUUAAGGUGUACAUGGAUAAUACCAACAGCCAAAUCUCGGCCACACUGGGCUACGAACUGCUCACUUCUCUGGAAAGAUUCUUGGUCGAUAUUGCCGAACUGAUUCCCGAUUUCGAUAUCAAUAAGAUCACAUUUCCACUGGAGUUCCAGAAGCCGGUCUAUGGGACAGGCAGCACGUCAUUCACAGAAUUCAUGGCGCCGGGUGUCAUUCUUACAAUCACCUACUUCAUGGCAGUGGGUCUGACGGCUCUCUCCUUCAUCAUAGAGAGGAAGGAAGGGCUUCUAGACCGCUCUUGGGUUGCAGGUGUUCAGUCGAGUGAGGUCAUGUUGGCUCACCUGACGACGCAGAUGAUGGUGAUGCUCGUGCAGAUUGCCCUUAUCCUGGUGUUCAUGUUCCCGGUGUUCAAGCUGCCUUGCGAAGGGAACAUGUUAUGGGUCGUUCUGCUUUCUAUUCUCCAGGGAUUCUGUGGAAUGACUUUUGGUCUGAUGACGUCAGCGCUGUCCAAUGAUGAAAACACGGCGAUCAUGAUGGCAUUGGGCAUAUUCUACCCCCUGCUGCUCCUCUCGGGCAUAGUGUGGCCAGUCCAGGGCAUACCUAUUGCUCUAAGAUACGUAUCCUACAUCCUCCCUCAAACCUACGCCUGUGACGCUAUCCGCGCGGUGCUCUACAAGGGCUGGGACAUCACUUACCCUACAGUGUACCUCGGAUACAUCAUCACCAUCGCCUGGCUCUUCGUGCAUUUGGUUAUAGCGGAAGUGGCUAUUAGAAUCAGGAAGUAGCGGUGGUGGUGAAUGCAUAUGUGCUGUUGGUGGGUGUUUGAGACUGGCACGCACACACACACACACAGACACACACACACACACACACACACACACACACACACACACACACACACACACACACACACACACACACACACACACACACACACACACACAUAUAUGUGGUCCCCGGUUCAAUUCCCCGCCGCGGCAGUCGUAAAAGUGCCUGCGCUCUGACUGCUGGCUCGAGACCGAGAAGACGACAUGUCGCCUUGAGGAGUCAAACGCAGGUGUCAUAAGUGGCAUAAGUGGCAGUGCGCUGAGCUGCGGUUGAUGAGGAAGGGCAUCCAAUCAGGCAAGGGUGGCACUGCCAUGUAACCUCUCAAUUGUGAAUUGAGAGAGGCCUGUGUCCUGCAAUGAACUGAAUGGCUGUUGAAAAAGGAAAAGAAAAAAGAAAAGA